UUGAAGUGUUUGGCAAAAUGGUCUUCCAGUUUGUGUGUUUGAUCAUUCCAAUGUACAGGAGAAUCCAAAUUGUGUUGUGUCUAAUUUUACUCUGUGAAGUUAUUUCUUCGACGAUUCCUUCUGGAGCAGAUAAGAAAAAUACUGGAGGUAGCGGCACCAUUGAUUUUGAAGAGUUCUUGGUGAAGAUGGCGGGGAGGCUGAUGAGAGAAGAAGUGAAAGGAAAGUCUGACAAAGACAUCGCAGAAUCGUUUCGUGUAUUUGAUGGCAAUGCUGACGGCUUCAUCGAAUGUUCUGAGCUGUAUUUUACAUUCAAGACUUCUGGGGAGCAUGUUACAGAGGAGGAAGUUCAUGAACUCAUCAGGGAGUGGGACAAGAACAGUGAUGGCAAACUUGACUUUGAUGAAUGGGUGAAGAUGAUGGAGAAGACCCAAUAAGUAACCAGCGUCCCUCAGCAAUCCAUUAUGAUUCAACAAGUUAAUGAAUUCCUGGC